UUCUGGAUGCUAAUGAAGGAUACAAGUCUUCAGAAGCUAUUCUAGUCCUUGAUAAACUCCAUGAGAUGGGGGGUUACUCCCAUUCUCUUUGAGCAGCCAGUUCAUAGAGAUGAUUGGGAAGGUCUUGGACAUGGCAGUCAAAUUGCUAUGGGGAAAUAUGGGAUAUCUGUUGCAGCUGAUGAGAGUUGCCAAAGUUUAGAUGACAUUAAGACAAUUGUAAAAGGAAAUUUAGCGAAUGUCAUUAACAUAAAGCUCACGAAACUUGGAGUGUUUGGGGCCCUUGAUAUUAUUGAGUUUGCAAGAGAAUAUGGUUUGGACCUGAUGAUUGGUGGUAUGGUUGAGACUAGGCUAGCCAUGGGCUUCGCUGGCCACCUUGCUACUGGCUUUGGUUGUUUCAAGUUCAUUGAUCUCGAUACUCCCUUACUGCUAGCAGAAGAUCCAGUUUUUGGUGGUUACAAAGUUUCUGGUGCCAAUUAUAGAUUCAGUAAUGCCAGAAGCCAUGGUGGCUUCCUUCAUUGGGAUAACAUUGUCUGAUUGGUAGAAAGUCAAUUACUUAAAUAACUUCUGUGUUUGGAUCAGUCAUGAAGUGUAUCUUUCCCAUCUUUUGUGGACUUUGGUCGCGUUCGAAUCAACUCAUGCUAUAGAAAGUGGCUUCUGAUGACAUAGAAACACUUGGCUCAUUUGCUCAGGAUAAUUGGUGCAAUGAUUAGCCUUGUAUUUAUCUGGCUAAACAAUUGGCUAGUAAAUCAAGUGAGCCCAGGUGGUGUUUGUUUUUGUGUGCAUAGUUCUGGACUGGUUUGCUUGGGAUGUUUAGCCCAAAAUUAA